GAGAGAGAGAGAGAGAGAGAGAGAGAGAGAGAUGGGGACACUUCGCUCUUCUGUGCGCGUUUCUGUCUCAGCUCCUCACCAAGCUGAACACAAGACAGAAGAGCCUUCAUCUGUCAAAUGAGAUCAUUCUCCUGUAGGUACGUCUGUUCGGAUCCAAACCAUGGGAUUCGUUGUUUGCGCUUAGCGGAGCAGAAGCUAAACAGACAAAAUAUAAUCCACGAAAGAAGAUGAGAUGCUGAAUGACCGCAGAUCCCUACGAGGAAGCAGGAAUGUUGGGAAUAAUGAAAAGAAAUGGAAUUAAAGAGAGGAGAUGAAUGGAGUAACCACCUACACAGCGAGCCUGCACGAGAGUGAAGGUCGAUCUUAUUGUACCUCUCCCUGUGGCAAACAUUGUGACUAAUAACAGAGCGAGGCAGGAUGAGUAGUCGUAUCUGGGCAGCAUUGCUCUUUCUCUGCGUGUGUUUAAUGCUCGAGGGACGUGCCGUUCUUCCGAGGGGAAAAAUGAGUGAGGGCCGUGUGCAAACCUCAAGGAAAGACAAGCAUGCAAAGCGUCUAGACGUAGAGGAAGGGCAAAAUGAGAUGUCAUUUGUCAACACAAUUGAAACACGAAGUUCUAAAUUGGUAGGGAUAAAAGGUGAUAAAUCGAUAGUUUUGGCAAGCAACACCAUGCAGUUUGCUUCAGGGUCGGAUUCUGCACAGAUUAAAGAAGCAGUGAGGGCUGGAUAUGAAAUCACAGUGACUCCAGAUUCAUUGUCUGAUAUUACAGAAAACACAGAUUUUACUCCACCAAAUGAUUAUUAUCCCAAAGAUGUCCGUAAAUCCUUCAUACAAGAACAAGACACAUCACUUCUUAGCCAAUACUCUGAACUAUCUGUUACAUCUCCAGAUUCGUCCUUUCCAACUAAACCUCCUGCAGAAUAUGAGUCCGCACACUAUGGUGAGAAACAACGAAUAGCUUUGGUUUCCUCAAAUGGCAAAAAAUCUCUGGAUGCCAGCACUAGUUCAUCAGAUGCCAACAUGUUCCUCCUAGAGACUCGGUCUGGGUUAAAAAGUGGACAGGAAGGGCAAACUAUAGUGAUGGGCAACCGAGAGGAAAAUAGCGGUGAAAGAAGGGGAAUUGCUUUUCAUAAGACCUUCAAGCCAGACGAGACGCCUUCUCGUUCUCGUCGCCGACGGAGCUGGAUCUGGAACCAGUUCUUCGUGAUAGAGGAAUAUAGUGGACCAGAACCUGUGUUAAUUGGACGGCUCCUUUCGAGUGUGGACAGGGGGGACGGCCGAAUCAAAUACAUUUUGAAAGGCGAGGGGGCAGGGUCUGUGUUCGUCAUCGACAGCCGAACGGGGAAUAUUCACGUCACCAAGCCCCUCGACAGGGAGGAGAAAGAUGAGUACCGUCUUAUCGCCACGGCAACAGACAAACAGACCGGCCGGGCCCUGGAGCCUUCGUCCCAGUUCAUCAUUCGUGUUCAAGACAUCAACGAUAACCCACCUGUGUUCCAGGGCGGCCCUUACAGCGCCACUGUUCCUGAGAUGGCCAACAUCGGCACAUCGGUAAUUCAGGUGACAGCCACAGAUGCUGAUGACCCAACUUAUGGGAACAGUGCCAAGCUUGUUUAUUCAGUGAUCCAAGGCCAACAGUACUUUACUGUGGACCCACAGUCAGGCAUCGUUCGCACCGCCGUACCUGACAUGGACAGAGAGACUCAGGCUCAGUACCUGGUGGUGCUUCAGGCCAGAGACAUGGGAGGACAUCAAGGGGGUUUGACAGGGACCACCACACUCACUGUGCAUCUGAGCGACGUCAAUGACAACCCACCUCGCUUCACUCAGAGUAUGUGGUCAUUUUCUGUGUCCGAGUUGGCCGUCCCUGGGGUGGAGAUCGGUCGUCUCUCUGCAACAGAUGCAGACCUGGGAGAAAACGCUCGAAUGGAUUUUACCAUUGUGGAUGGAGAGGCAGGAGACGCAUUCAAUAUAACCGGACUGAACCAAGAGGCUUUGCUUUUAUUAAACAAGGCCGUCGACUACGAGAGGCGCAGCACGUAUACACUCACCAUAGAGGUGCAGAAUCCAAACAUCGACUCGCGAUUCCUCAGACGGGGUCCGUUUAAAGACCGGGCUAUGGUUCGUGUCACGGUUCUGAACGCGGAUGAGCCGCCAAGAUUCUCCCGUUCCCGGUACAGACUUGACGUGUCUGAAAACUGCCCACCGGCUUGCGUGGUGGGAAGAGUGGCUGCCGUGGACCCAGAUACAGGCCUCAGUAACAAUAUAAAAUACUCCAUCGAUCCCGAGUCAGAUCCCGAGGCGCUGUUCCGUAUCACCUCUGACAACGGCCUCAUCACCACAACAGUGGAAUUGGAUCGAGAGCAGGACCAGUGGCAUAACAUCACUGUCAUCGCCACACAGAGAGACAGCCCAAGCCAAGUAACCAGGGUGGCGGUUUCGAUAGAGACGCUAGACCUGAAUGACAAUGCUCCUGAACUUGAUCGGCAGUACAGUACUGCGGUGUGUGACUCCAGUAAUGCUGGACAGGUGGUUCAGGUGAUCCGGGCAAUAGACAAAGACCAAAGCAGCUACAACUCUCCCAUUCACUUCAGCAUUCCUCCAGACUUCAGCAGUGCCCUUAAUCUCUCCCUCCGAGAGCGAGGAGACUACACAGCGAGUCUGGUUCUCUUAUCGUCCCUGAAGCCUCUUCCUCGCUCUUCCUCUUUACUUACACUAAAAAUACCCAUAAUGCUUCAUGACGGUGCAUCAGACCUCAGGAGCACGGGAACGAUUACUGUUACGGUGUGUCCCUGCCAGAACGGAGGAAUGUGGGCAGAAGAGCAAAAACGACAAACGGGCGAGAAAGAUAAAGCAUCUCUGCCAGACUGGGAGAGGCAGGCGGUGUGUUUGCCCUCACCGUCAAACUCUUCCCUGUUGGGAUUUAGCUCGGCUGCCAUGUUGGCGAUUCUGGCCUGCGCUUCGACUCUUCUGGUGGUGGUGGCGCUCUCUCUAUCUCUGCGCAGGCCGAAGCGAGAUACUCAGUCUCCGGUAGAAGAUGAUGAGAUCCGAGAAAACAUCAUCACGUAUGACGACGAGGGCGGCGGGGAAGCGGACACGGCCGCUUUUGACAUUGCGGCCUUGAAGAGCGCCCCCCAAAGCAUGAGACGAGCACAGCACCUCCGAGACAGCAAGAAUAUUCAUUCUCAGGAAAACCUGGAUAGCUUGAGAACUUUCAGCUGGGGUCAGAACUUAAGUUUGGAUCCACGCCGCCCUGUCUCUGCUCCUUUAUACGGACGCUACUGCUACAGCAUUCAGACCCUUCCGGCUUCAAGAAACAGACUCGGUCAGUUCAACUCUAGACUGGACCUCGCCAAACUGGCAUACGUUCUGCCCAGCGGCCAGGACCGGCCCGGUGGUGCUUUAGAAUCCGGUUGUGUAUUUAUCAGCAAGAACAGUGAAGGAUCUGAACAUAAAGGAACUGAUGGAUCCAUGGAAAGUAUUCCGAAAGAGAGCGAAACAGGAAGUGAGGUCAUCUCAGAAAGCCACACAACAAGUCAGGAUCAGUCUGAUCAGGUUCUGCUCGUGAAGAGCUCGAGUCACAGCGGGUCCUGCUCGGAGACGUCUCACAGCAGUUCUGUAGGACAUAAACCCGGCUCGUCUCCUCGCUGCUUGACCACACGAGCUUCCAUUUCUACCAUCACCACAGACGAUUCGACCGCCGCCUCGGCUGUGGACGCUCAUCCUCUCAUCAGCACCAACCAAACCGCAUCCGGACCCAGCACAGAGAUCCCGUUCAGAACAAUGGAGGGCACUUUGCUGAGAAACGGCGGAGGAAUACCUUUGUCCGGGACGACUUUUCUGUACCCAGAAGCUGCUGGGUUAAUGGGCAGGUAUGGGGCAGGCAGACAGAACUAUGUGCCACACCUGGUGAUGCCCUUACCUGGAGGGGCGGGACUGUAUGAGAGGGGGUGGAGCUUGGGAAACGGGAAGCUGGGACAAGCAAACUCUGAAAAGUCAGGGGUUGAAUCUCUGACAAACAGAAUGGGCGAUUUUCUGCAACACCGGCUCGCGCUGGUGACUUUCGACCCCAUGCAGCCGCCGUACGACUCGCUACAGACGUAUGGACUGGAAGGGUCCGGCUCGCAGGCGACGUCUCUCAGCUCUCUCGAGAGUGAGGGCGAAAAAGACGCGGAGGGAGAGAACGACGGCUUGGAGAAAUGGGGACCCAAGUUUAAAAAGUUGCUCGAUAUUUUUAAGGAACGAGAAAAAGAGAAAGAGGCGGAUGAAGUUGAAAAAAAAGACAGGGACUUAAAAGAUGAAUGCCAGUUAGAAAAAUCCAAAGAGGCAGAAGGAAUUGAAAAGAUAAGAGACGGAGGGGAGGCAGAUGAGUCUGAGACAGAAAGGAGAAACGAGGACGAAUCGAGCGAAUCAAAUGAGAAGGAGCAGGCAGAGGAGAAAAGCGCAGAUGUAACAAAGGAAAUGGGAAUAAGACAGUAAAGGACCAGAAAUGUCGUAGGCAUUCAAAAGCAAUAAGUGCUGACAGGACCCGAUGAGCACAAUAUGGACUAGAGGUUUUUAUAUGGACCUGCCAAAAACUGUACAUCAGUGUUUUAGGGAACCAAACAGACUUACAUAAGUCAUUUUCUCUGUUUUACACGCAUUUAUUUGAUGUUCAACCACAUAGUUUUCCUUUGUAAAUUAUUGGCACAAGAACCGGUGAAGGAUCUGUCUGCUUGUGUUGGAGACAGGCUGUUUUCUGAACAAAUGUAAAUUCAAGGGCGAUCAUGACAGGUUUGACUCAUGACUAUACAUUAAUAUUCUUAUUAUAUGGCUUCUUACCAAAUAAAUAAACGAAUGGACAUUA